GCUGUAUGGAGUUAUUGUUGUUGAACAUAUUGCUGUACAAUGGAAGGAUUUUCCACCCGUUUGACUGCCAUGGAUGUGUUCUUCAAGUGACGAUUUCACUGAGCAAAGUGGAGCUGAGUGUGGGGGAGUCCAAAUUCUUCACCUGCACAGCAAUUGGAGAGCCAGUCAGUAUAGAGUGGUUCAAUCCGCAGGGAGACAGGAUUGUAUCCUCGCAGCGCGUGGUCCUGCAGACCGAGUCCAUUCGCUCCCGACUCACCAUCUACAACGCCAAUGUGGAGGAUGCCGGUAUAUACCGGUGCCAAGCAGCCAACGCCAAGGGGCAGACACAGGAAGCCACGGUGGUUCUGGAAAUCUACCAGAAGCUGACGUUCCGUGAUGUGAAGACUCCCCAGGAGUUCCGUCAGGGGGAGGAUGCUGAAAUUGUCUGCAAUGUGAUCAGCUCCCCUGCGCCGAUUGUAACCUGGAUCUACAACAACAGAGAAGUCACUGCAAUGACAGAUGAUCGGUUGGGAGUGCUCCCUAAUGGCAACAUGCAGAUCCAGAAGGUGGGUAAGAGCGACGAGGGGGUUUACCGCUGUGAGGCCCGGGUGGAAGCUCGGGGGGAGAUCGACUUCAGGGACAUCGCUGUCAUCGUCAACGUCCCUCCAGUUCUCGCUGUGCCUCAGAAGUCCUUUAACGCAACCGCAAAUCGACAGGAGUCGGUGUCUUUUAUCUGCACAGCCUCUGGGUCCCCUGAGCCAGCCAUCACCUGGUACAGGAAUGGCAGGCUGAUUGAGGAGUCGGACCAGUACAUCCUGAAGGAGAGGAGCACAGAGCUGACUGUGCGCAAUAUCAAGCAGUCCGACGGAGGCCCCUAUUCCUGCAGGGCCACAAACAAAGCUGGUACUGAGGAGAAGGAGCUGCUUCUCAAAGUUUUCGUUCAGCCCCACAUCACCCAGCUGAAGAACGUGAGCGCAGUGGAGGGCAGCCAGACCCAGAUCUCCUGCACAGCGGAGGGGGAACCGGUCCCAGAGAUAUCCUGGAGGAGGCCGAGCAAUGGGCAAACCUUUGCAGAUGGAGACAAGAGCCUGGAUGGCCGGAUGGAGGUGCGGGGACGGAUCGGCACGUCAGCGUUGACCAUCUCGGGGGUUGGGCUGUCCGACUCAGGCUGGUUCAACUGCGAGGCAGCGAGCAGGAUCGGAGGGCACCAGAAGGGCAUGUACCUGGAGAUAGAAUAUGCACCAAAGUUUCAGUCCAAUCAAACAAUAUAUUAUUCCUGGGAGGGGAACCCUAUCAAUGUCAGCUGUGAUGUCAUCGCCAACCCCCUGGCCUUCAUUGAGUGGAGACGGAACAAGCAGGUCCUGAGGACUGAGAGCUUGGGCAAUAUCAGAAUAUACAGCACAGAGGGUCGAGCCCUCCUAGAGGUCACUCCAAUGUCUGAUAAGGAUUUUGGCCAGUAUGACUGCACAGCUGGAAACACCAUAGGGAGGAGAUCCCAGGAGUAUAUUCUGGCACAGGCUGACGUGCCCUCAAACCCCUAUGCUGUGAGGCUGAGCUCAGUGUCCCAGGCAAUGGCGACAAUCUCCUUCACAAAGCCAGACUCGCAUGGUGGGGUCCCCAUCAGCUACUACCAGGUGGAUUUCAAGGAGAGCGUCUCCGAAGACUGGAGAGUAGUGCGAUCCCACGGGAUUCUGACAAUGGUUCUGCUGACUAACCUGGAGCCCAACACCACCUACGAUGUCAGAGUGGCAGCUGUGAACGGGAAAGGCCAGGGAGAGUACAGCAGAAUAGAGAGUUUCCAGACGCUACCAGUCCGGGAGCCCAGUCCCCCGAAAGUGCACGGCCAGAGUGGAAGAGGAAAAGCCUUCCAGCUCAGCAUCACCAAGCAGGACGAUGGUGGAGCACCAAUCCUGGAGUACAUUGUCAAGUACAGGAGUAAAGAUAAAGAUGACCAGUGGAUAAAGAAGACAGUCAUUGGUGCCAAAGAUCAAAUCAUCCUGCAGCAGUUACAGUGGAACACUGAAUAUGAAGUCGAGAUUACUGCAUUAAACAAGCUGGGUCCUUCAGAACCAGCAGUCUACCAGUUCACCAUGCCACAGAAGUCAGAUAUUACAGAAUGUUGUGAAGCAUCCGAACAUGGAAGAGGAAGCCCCUCACAGUACCCAGUCACUGCUGUUGCUGCCGCUGGAGUCACAUUAGUAUUUGCCAUCCAUUCCUGUUUGUCUUGAUACUGUCCUGUCCUCUUGGUACAAUGCUCUGGUGGUUGCCAGGGCUCUCUUGAUGUUGCAGUUUUACUGACAUUCUGACAACAAUACUGGGUUGUACACUAUUUGAAACCCUGAAGUCUACAAUUUGAUUUACUGUAUAACACACGUUAAAACCACUAGUGGUAAUCAGAGUCUGCUGACUGGCAUUGCAUAGAAGAUACUGUGUACUGGUAACAAAACAAAGUACUUUCAUUGCAAAAUACAGAUAUAUUAAUGCUGUUACACUGUUCGACUGGGAGGAUAGCUGUGUUUUACAACUUACUUUGGGGGUAAUAUAGUUUUAUUGUAUUUAAAUCUGCACCAAUAUAACCAAUGCUAAUUAUAAAACAUAAGUGUCACUACUUAUUACUACACUCUUGUGAAUAUUGGAUAUACUACAUUUAUUCAAUGUGGCUCUAUAUUUCUUACUUGCAUAAUAACAUUAAACACAUAAGAACAUUUACGAACAAGAGCAUGGCCAUUCGGCACAACUAUGCUUGUCUGGUUCCUGGUAGCUGAUUCAUCUCAAUAUUUUAUCAAGUUGGGUCUUAAAGGAUCCAAGUGGUGGAUUAUUUUGCAGAGGGGGGCAGAUUAACCUGAACCAUUACUUUAAGUGCAGUAUGGAAACCAAGACGAGAGGACACAGUUGGAAAUAAAGUGGAGACAGACUUAGGACAGAGGGAAGGAGACGCAUCUUUGCAGAGUGGGAAGGUAUAGGAUGGACUACUUAGUCAUGUUGUUGAGGCAGAAUCACUUGGAUCCUUUAAGACACAAAGUUAUGAGAACAAUCAGCUACUGAGCCGCAUGGCCUCCUCUACUUGGUAGAAUGUCUUAUCUUCUUAUUAAUGAUGUACUGGCUGUAAGAGUACAGAAGACGUGUUUGAGAGCCCUGUUGAAACCACAGGAGUGCUUUAAACUUCUGUGUUUCAAAAGUCACCAGGAUGUUAUGAUUGGAAAUAAAGUAUAAUAUGCAAAGUGAAUCUAAAGAAGCUGAAGAAUACCUUAAAUUAAGUGUGGUGUCAUACCGAUACCAAGUAGCACUUCAUGGGUCACCAUGACUUUUGCAUCAGUUCUUCGUAGAGGGCUUACAGUGUAUCAUUUGUUUGUAGACUGUAGACUACCUUUAUUUGGUCUUUAUAAUGUUUUCUGCAAACUAAAAAUUCUGUUAAGUCCCUGAUAGAAGAAAGUCCACAGGGAGAUGUACCACCAUUGCCUUGAGCUCUCUGUUUUGUUGGUAUUAGUUUUAUUACUAAAUACCAGAUUGCCUGUUAGUCACAGCUUUUACAUUUUCUCCUCCAACACUAUUAAUAUUUAUUAAUAUGAACAGCCUUAUUCCUGCUAUAUGAUGUGAUGUUUACUGUAAAGUGUCUCCAAACCUUUGUUAAGUCUGAAUCGUAACCAUCUUCGUUUUCAGCAAUGUACUGCCUGAUUUUCAUUUCAGUUCCCUGUCUUUAUAACUAUAACCCAUUUGACUGAUAUCCUGUUCCUUCCAUUCCUAUUUUAGAUGUCACAGACAAUGCCAUCUUAGUUUGCAGGCCUCUCUACGCACCUUGUAUUGAAUGUAAUACUUGUUAGGGUAACUAUAUGCAUACAAUAUAGUCACUGGUUCGAGACAUCAAGCAACUGGAUGUACUCAUUGUUUUUCCCUCAGUCUGUCAAGCAUGUAGUACCAGACCUCAGUAAGUGCUAGGAGGUCUCUGUGAAAGGUCAAAUAUAAGGCUGAGCUUUCCUGUGACAAAGGUCAUUCUCUGACAUAAUAAAAUGUGAUGUGUGUAAAAACU